AUGGAUCUCAUAGACAUGCAGUCACAAAGUUUUAAUGAUUUUCGAUACAUUAUGAAUUAUCAGGAUCACUUAACAAAAUUUGUGAUUCUAAGACCUUUAAAAACUAAAAGGGCCAAAGAAAUUGCUUUUAAUUUAAUGGAUAUUUAUACCAUUUUUGGAGCACUAGCAAUUUUACACUCUGACAAUGGCAGAGAAUUUGUCAAUAAAAUAAUAAUAGAACUCAAUGAAAUGUCGGGAGACAUAAAAAUCGUUCAUGGAAAACCUCGACACAGUCAAUCACAAGGGUCAAUAGAACGGGCAAAUCGAGAUUUUGAAGAUAUGCUUGCUACUAGGAUGGCAAAAAAUAACUCAACUGAUUGGCCAACAGCAUUGAAGUUUAUUCAGUUUCAAAAAUAA